GAAGGAGCAGAGUGUGCUGUCUCCAGUUAACUGUUGGAACCUGUUGUUGAGUCAGGUGAAGAGGGAGAGCCGAGACCACGCUACCCUGUCUGACCUCUACCUCAAUAACAUUAUACCGCGCUUCGCCCAGGUCAGCGAGGACUCCGGACGACUCUUCAAAAAGAGUAAGGAGGUUGGUGUCCAGCUUUAGGAGGAUCUGAUGAAGGUUCUGAACGAGCUCUACGCGGUGAUGAAGACAUACCACAUGUACAACACAGACAGUAUCAACUCUGAGAACAAACUGAAGGAUGCAGAGAAACAGGAGGAGAAGCAGAUGGGGCGUUCUGGUCGUCAGGACGACAGACAGACUCCCAGGUCACCUGACACACUGGCCAGCGUCAAGACGGAGGAGAAACAUGUCCGACGCUCCCUCCAGUUCAAAAGUCAACUAGAAGAAAGCAUCGAGAGACUAACGUGUACACAAGUGCGUAGGCAGGCUAAGUACACAGAGAACAAGCUGAAAGCAAUCAAGGCGAGGAAUGAAUACCUGCUGGCUCUGGAGGCUACGAACAGCUGUGUCUUCAAAUACUACAUCCACGACUUGUCUGAUAUCAUCGACGUGAGUACACACACACACACAACCUGUUGGACAUGGCACACCUUCUCUCUCUAUCCAUCCAUCCAUCUCUCUCUCUCUCUCCAGAUGGGGGUAGUAUGUGCCCAGCAGCCGUUAGAGGGGGAGUUACUCCAGAGGUGUCAGCAGCUGCAGUCCCGUCUCUCCACCCUCAAGAUUGAGAAUGAGGAGGUGGAAGAAGAUAUGGAGGGCACUCUGUCGACAUCCAGGACAGUGGUCACUGCGAGGACGAUCCAGGUGGAAGGACUCAUUGAGGUCAGCGAAUGUGUUCUCGAACACCACAGCACUCCAGGAGUCGAGUCAAGUUCCACCAUGAGCCAAUCAUUCGUCAGCAAAAACGCCAGCCUGGGCCAAGAGACGGCCAAUCAACAGGAAACGCAACAGUUUACUCACGAGUUGUGUAUAAAUAGUAUCUCUGGAGCUGUAAUGACAGAGCCAUGUUUUUCUCUUUCUUUCUUUCUCUCCCUCCCCUUCUCUCUCUCUUUCCCUCUCUUCCUCCUCUCCAGUGACAGGAGGAACUCUGCACUACGGAAUCAGGAGGCUGGCCAUGUCAUCCCCCUGAUGGUGGAGAGCUGUAUCCGCUUCAUCAGUCGCCAUGGUCUGCACCAUGAGGGCAUCUUCAGAGUGUCUGGCUCUCAGGUGGAGGUCAAUGACAUCAAGAACGCCUUUGAGAGAGGUGAGGACCCGUUGGCAGGAGAUCAGAAUGAUCAUGACAUGGACUCCAUCGCUGGUGUUCUAAAGCUCUACUUCAGAGGACUGGACCACGCCCUCUUCCCCAAGGAAGUCUUCCAUGACAUCGUAUCCUGUGUCUCUAUGCGAGAACCUGCAGGACGAGGCUUCCACAUCAGGAAGGUUCUGCCUGCUCUGCCCCAAACCACUCUCAUCAUCAUGAGAUACCUUUUGCCUUCCUCACUAGUGAGUAAACGCUGCACUAACGCUAUUACAACACAAAUGAAACGUUACCACAGGUCGUGAGUAACAUACUGGUGAUCCCACUGCACUACCAAAGCUGUGCUCGGGCUAAUCAGGAAUGUUCUAUUCAGGAGGU